UAUCUAGAGCCAAGAGGCAAGGCUCAGAUUUCUCUAUCUCAAAGAAAAGGACGAGUGUUAGUCUUUCUCGAUACUUCGAAUUCUACAAGCUCGCAUACUUGUUUACGAUACUCGAGUGAACGCAGUUCCCGGUCUAGUACAAUACUCUAACCUCAAUUUAUGAUACGCCACGGAAAGAAUUGUUUAACAAAUGAUGCCUGAUAUAUAUAAUCAAAAGUUAUUUUACAACACUGUGUUAUCGCAGACAUUCUCCCCGGAUGGAAAUUAUUUAGUGGCUGGAAAUAUUUAUGGGGAUGUCUCAGUUUUUGAAUUAUCAAAGGCUUUAGGGCCGCACAAAGUGGAAGAGAAUGAGUUACAAGGCCCCAAUUAUCAUUUCACUGCCCACCAGAAUCAGCAGGUGGAGAGUAUGGCAUCCACGGAUAGUUUUCUAAUAACAGGAACGUCUGGUGAAAUAUCUGGAUGGUCUUGGAAAACAGUUACCUCCAGCAAAGCUCAAAAGAAUAAAGCUUCUUGGACCGUACAAAUCCCAGUUAACAAGGACAACUAUGAAAAGCCAGAUAUAAAUUAUCUGAUAUAUUCUAAAUCAAGUCAUGUUUUGUAUGCUGGCUGUGGCGAUAAUAACAUUUAUGUAAUUAGUCUAGAAGAUGGUAAAAUUCUCAGACAUUUGCAAGGACAUACGGAUUAUAUUCAUGGGCUCUCCCUAAUGGGCAACCAGCUAGCUUCUUGCAGCGAAGAUGGAACAGUAAGGUUAUGGGAUUUACGAAAGAAAGAAAAUACCAAUAUAUUAACGCCUCAUUUAAUAGACAAGGUUGCACGACCAUGGCUAGGAAAAUGGAUCGGUGCUAUAGAUUUCACGGACGAUUGGUUGUUAUGCGGCGGUGGUCCAAGUUUGUCCUUAUGGCACAUGCGCACGAUGGAAGCAGCUACCGUGUUCGAUCUUCCCGACGAGGGGAUCCACGUUGCAAAUAUUUUCGAGGAACGCGUGAUAGCCGCCGGAACAGCUCCCCACGUCUAUCAUUUGACGUAUCAAGGAGAAACGUUGGCCAAAGUGCCCACAUCCAGUAACACAGUGUACAGUAUUGUUUAUCAAGUGACUCCGCAAAAGGUGCUCAGUGUAGCCGGUUCCUCGAACAAUCUCGACGUGUGUACGAACUUCAAUUACCGCGAAUUAAUGUUAAAGUUUGCGUAGCGCGAACAACCAAAGUGUCAAACGAAUGAUCUUACGGAAUAGAACGGACUCGUUACAUAUAUUCUUUAAUAAAUAUAUUAAUACAAUGUGCAUUUUAUAAAA